CCAAAGGAAGAUGGGUCUACGUACAGAAUCGAGCUGCAGGGAGUCUCCAUGGCAACCAUGAAACAGAUCCUCGACUACAUCUUCAGUGGUGAAAUCACUCUGAGUGAAGAGACCAUCCAGGACAUGGUGCAGGCGUCCGACCUGCUCCUCAUGACCGACCUCAAGUCGCUGUGCUGUCAGUUCUUAGAGAGCUGCAUCACCGCCGAGAACUGCAUCGGCAUCCGACUCUUCUCUCUGCACUACUGCCUCUACCACGUCCACUACGCCGCCACCGAGUUCCUGCAGACGCAUUUCCGUGAUGUGGUGCUCACCGAGGAGUUCAGGGAGCUGCCCCGGGACCGGCUCGGCGAGGUGCUCGCCAUGGAAAAGCUGAACGUGGGCAACGAAAAGCACGUGCUGGAGGCUGUGGUGCGGUGGUUCGCACAUGACCCAGAGGAUCGCAGGGUUCACAUGAAGGAAGUGAUGUCUUCAGUUUGGCUGCAGGCUCUGGACCAGAGCUACCUGAGAGAGCAGGCCUUGGGGGAGCCUCUGAUGAGGGAGGUGAUCAGAGAGCACUGUCAGGCCGUGCUGGGGGACGUUCAGCCGCAGGGUGAGGCUAUACUCGCCGCCUUCAAACCCAGAGGUUACUCCGAGUGUAUCGUCCUCGCCGGAGGAGAGGAUCGCAAAAGCAGGAAGCCGACCGCCACGACGCGCUGCAUGUGUCCGCUCUACGACAGCAACAGACAGGCCUGGAUCGAGCUGCAGGCCAUGAGCGUCGCCCGCCUCGGCCACGGGGUGGUUACUGCCGAGGGAUUUCUGUUCGUGAUGGGCGGAACAGAUGAGCACAACACAGUCCUGGACUCUGGAGAGAAGUACGACCCUGACUCCAACACCUGGAGCCCCAUACCCCCGAUGCUUCAGGCUCGUCAGAACUUUGGCGUGGUGGAGCUGGACGGCCUGAUCUACGUCCUGGGAGGAGAGAACAAGGAAACGGAGCUGAUCACCGUCGAAGCGUUUGACCCUCACUUCAAUACGUGGAAGUUGCAGACCAGCAUGACCAUGAUCCGCAAGGUCGGCUGCUACGCCUCCAUGAAUAAGAAAAUCUACGCCAUGGGAGGGGGCUCCUACGGGAAGCUGUUUGACUCUGUCGAAUCUUUUGACCCCAAAACUCAGCAGUGGACCGGCCUCUGUCCUCUGAAAGAGAGGAGGUUUGGUUCGGUGGCGUGUGGCGUCGGACAGGAGCUCUACGUGUUUGGCGGCGUGAGAAGCCAAGAGCCUGACAACCCCGAGCAGAGGCAGAUGACGACCUGCAAAUCUGAGUUCUACCACGACGACAUGAGAAGGUGGAUGUUACUCGACGACCAAAGUCUGUGCAUCCAGACCAGCUCGUCCUUCGUCUACGGGGCCGUGCCCAUCGGUGCAAGCGUCUAUGUGGUGGGAGACCUGGACACUGGCACAAACUUCGACUACAUCCGCGAGUUCCGCCGCAGCACCGGGACGUGGCAUCGCACCAAGCCCAUGUUAGCCAGCGACCUCUCCAAGACGGCCUGCGCCGCCCUACGCAUCGCCAACUGUCGACUGUUCCGCCUUCAGCUGAGCCAGGGCAUGUUCCGCAUCAGAGUCUGAUGUGAGGACGCCGGCUCGCGACCCUGCGUCGUCUCCACGCUCCUCCACUUUUGCACACCGGUACUUUCUCUCUGUUGUAGGAACAUAAAGUCUUUAAUCGCUACACGCUGACGGUCGGGGGGUUAAACGUGAGACCCGUUUCCUUUAUGACUCGAAAGGGCAAAAGUUCAUCUUUUUAACAUUAUAGGUUUUGGUGCAAUUUUAUUUACCUGAAUUUUUUUUUUUCUUUUUAACGUGGAAUUUGAAUUUUUUAAAAAAAAUCUUUAUUUGAAUGUAUUUUCGUCGUUUUUAAUGUUUACAGGUGAUCGGUUGGUCGAGGGUUUUUAAACUGAGAACUACACUUGAUAAAUUAUGUGCUGCGUUCUGGAGCAGACGUCAUGUCCGGAUCUGUUGUGCAGUUCAGUGGUGGACGUAUACGAUCCGGACUUUUAUAAAGCUUCCACUCGGCAGCCUGCGCUCGCACUUACCCCUCCUGUGCUUCGAUUCCCUUUGCUCCAGCUUCAGUUCUUCUACUCACGCUCAUGUUGCUUCUGUGCACAUGUGGAACAUCUGCUCUGAUUCUUUCGGUGCAGCUCACAAACCAGUGGGUGACGUCGCAGUGGGAUGAAACUGUGGCUUCAUUUACACGACUACAUGUGUGUUUUAAAACACGUCCAGUCUGCUGCAGAUACGUCCACACGUCUGGUUAGAAAAACGUCCGUCUGGAUGAACGGAAGAUGAAGCAGACGUUCACAACCUCUUGUGAUUGGGUCUGUUUGCUCGUGUGGCCUCCACUGAUCCAAGUGUUGCUGACCCGGUCGUCUUAGCGAACAGCUGCGGAUCAGUUCAGUUCUGUAUUUGACAAUGAAACCACUUGUUACACGUGGAGGAGACCAGAUGUUGUUCCAGUAAUCUGAUUGCACCGGCAGAACAUAGUCGUCUGGAUGUAGCUUCGGUCGUCACCUGCACGUGACGCUGUCGCUCAUCUGUCAAAGUGACGUCGGGACGAAGAAGAUGACCACUUUGUUUUUCAUGGUAACAAGAACGAUGUCUGGAAAACAUCUUGUGAUCCUCAGGGGGUCUCAAGUCCUUAUUAGGAACCUCCCCUCUUCUCUCUCUCCCCCCUCCCCUUCUCUCUUCCUCUCUCUCUCCCCCCUCCCCUUCUCUCUCUCCCUCUCUCUCUACCCCCACCCCUUCUCUCUCUCUCCCUGAAUGAGGAUAGAGAAACCACACUGGUCACAGCUCCUCGCUCUUCAGGCAGCUUGUGAACAAUGGAUGGUUAUUAUUAUUGAUGGCCGUAAUCCAAGACAAACUCCGCGCAGAAACAUGGAGCAGCGCCGCAGCAGACACACAGGCGUUGUGUGCACACACACACACACACACAACACACACACAUUCACGCAUGCGUGCCUGCGAUCUAUAGGAGUUCCAAGGUGUAACCAAGGACUUAUUAUUUUAACCAUGUUCGUGUCCCAGCGUUGACCGAGCUGAGUUAUUAUUUUAUCAUGACAAUGAAGUAACUUUAACGAAGAAGUAAACCGAGAGCUUCUCAUGUCACGUUGGAAGAAACGGUAACGACGUCCUGGUGAUCAGGUCGUCACGUUCCUGAGCGAGACCAAAAAUAACAAAGCGUUGAAAUCGCAGGACGUGUUCGUUCAGUUCCCAGUUUUCACCACAUUUUCAGCACAAUCGUCACUUUAGUCCUGGACCUCCCGCUGGGGACCAUGAAACCAGAAACCUCCGUUAAAACCUGAGCUCUGCAGCAGAUUAAUCGUGGACGGUGUACAAACUCGAGCUGAGGGGAAAAAAAGGGAACAACAGAAAGUACACCACAGACUAAUCCCAGCAUGCAUUGCACACACUGAUUCAUCUGUACAUGAAAUGAAAGAUGAUCUGAGGUUGAAACUCACGAGAGACAGGAAGCGAACGUGUGAGUUUUUGUGACUGUUUCUCUGAACGUUCACUCACCGAAUGUUUGCACACCAGCGCCUUUACUUGAGUCAGUUGUUAUCAUUGUCCGAGCUGCCCGGGCUCAUCCCG